AUGACGGUAGUCCAUGAUAUGCGUGCAAUUUUCUUUAUUGCUCGGAUUUUCGGUUGUACUAGUCAAAUCACUGUCGAGAACGACAUUAAGGCAAGAAGGCGCCGCGACAUACUCUUCAUCGUCAUUGCGAUUUCCGUAUACAUGGCUAGUUUAGUAAAAUUAAUUGUUUACAAGGUAGACACCAACAUUUUGGACUCCAUAUCUGAGAUCUUCACCAUAACGAGGGUGUUUCUUUUUUAUUUUUGUUAUUUCACGGACAUUUGUUUAACGACGCUGUGGAACCGGAAGAUACGCGUUGUUCUCUCGCAUCUGCGAAACUUCGACCGUGCCACAAACUUCAACGAUUUGCCGAGACGUCGUAUUGUGCGAAAUUUAUCCCGAGCUUUUACAUUCAUUACGUUUACGUGGUGGACGAUAACUGGAUACAUCACUUACAGAGUGGAAACCAGUCACCCUUUGUACCACGCAUUUGUGUAUGUCAUCAUCGACGUAGCGGUGUUCACGCAGAUCUUGAUAUUCGUCGGUUUUUCAUUCCUCAUAGAAGAAAGAUUUCGACAACUUUGCAAUAUACUGACAUUCCCGGCGGGAAAACUGUUUACGUCUAACCGGCUUACUGUACCCUUUACGUUACAACAAAUAUGGUGGCUACAUUGCUCCCUAGCGAAUGCCACGGAGAUGUUCAAUUCCGUGUACGCGGUGCAAUUGCUGCUGUGGAUCUCCAGUUUGUCCGUGAACGCGAUGUCCAGACUUUACGUGAUGUACGUUCUGAAGCCGUCUUUGUUAUUGAUCAUCAGAGAUAUGAUAGUAGUGAUGUCUUGCGCGUGGAGCCUUCUCUUGAUCACUGCUGUCUGUCACAACACGUCGCGCAAGGCCAAUCGAAUCGGCGAGAUUAUUUUUUCAACGUCCUCAUCUGCUUCGAUGAAGCGCGUGUUCCUUCAGGAAAACCUGGAGGUAGCGGCAUAUUUCCAGCUCAGGAAGGUGCAUUUCUUCACUGUGGCUGGCUUCAUACGCAUCGAUCUGCCACUUUUGCUCUCGAUCGUUUCAGGUAUGACAACAUAUUUGGUGAUUGUUUGUUAA